AUGGCUUUCUUCUCGCCAUUCAUGACAAGCUCUAUAGCCUUGUCGCUGGCUGCGUUGGAUAGUAUUCCUGCUAUUCAGAGCAUCGUCAACCGCAUCACCCGAGCUCGUGACUACGAGCCGAUCGAGUUGGCCAGAGAUGUCUAUCGCGACGAAGAUGGCGAGGCGACCGAGGAAUCCCUCCGAGCAUUCUCGGACAAAUGGCAAAGAAUCGCCAUUGCCCUAUUCUCUCUAACUGGGUUAUUAUUGACUCUCGCAUUGGCUGUUCUUUCAACAUUGAAAACUGGAGUCACCGAUGCUACACCGUUGGCGUGGUUACAGUUCGGGGUCUGGGUUUUGCUUGCUAUUCAGGCCGUUGCGUUCUUUACUGAACCCCGACCGACAAGCCGAUAUACUCUCGGCCUAUUCGCUUUCUGGGGGAGUACCAUCGCCAUCGUGGUUCCGGGCAUCGAACUAGGUACUCUGGUGUUUUCUCGGCUCUCCCAUCCUCGUGGAAGAGUUUCAGUUGCUCUGCAGGUGGCUCAGAUUGCCAGUACUGCGCUUCGUGGCUUGUUCUGUGUCCUGUUACCGCGUCGCCCAGAUGUUUACCACGAAGGUAAGCUGGUUGAACAGGAAUUUUCAGUUUCUCUACUCAGCCGCUUCACUUUUAGCUGGGCCAGUGAGUUGUUGAAUCAUGCAAAGAAAUACAAUGCCAUGGAACUGGACGACAUUCCCAAGCUCACGGCAUCGAAGCGUGCUGGGUUUCUCCGCCAAAAGUUCGAAAGUGCUAAAAAGGGUCGAAAGAUGUGGAAGGCGGUUAUCGCAGCGCAUUUUGGGGACCUGGUCCUUCAAAUAUCGCUUUGUGUGCUGGUUUGCUUCCUAAGCUUUGGUCCUCAAAUUGCAUUGUUCCAAAUCUUGAAGACCCUUGAACUGCGCGAUACCCCAUAUUGGAAUGCCGCAGCAUCGUAUCUCUGGGUUCUGGCCCUGGGUGGGCUGAUGUUCCUUGGAUCAAGUAUAGAAGCCCAGCUAUAUUGGCUAGUCUACUCUAGACUUGCAGUGCCAAUCUACGCAGAGCUUUCAGCUGUCGUCUUUGCCAAGGCCAUGCGUCGGAAGGAUGUGAAGCAUACAAAGAAGUCCACCACGGCUGAUGGCUCUGAUGCUUCCAGCAAAGGGUCCACGUCAGCCGAAACUGAGGUCGAUGAAGAUGAUGAGAAUGCGUUGAAGAAGAGUCGGCAGAGUAUCAUCAACCAUGCGGCCGUAGACGCUCGUCGCAUAACCGACUUUACUGCUCUAAACUACAUUAUUCCACAGGCAGUACUCAGAAUUAUCAUCGGCGCCACCUUUUUGGUUCAGAUUCUUGGCUGGCGUAGUGCCUUUGCUGGCCUUUCUAUCGCUGUUCUUGUCACGCCAUUGAACAUCUACGCCGCGAAAAAAAUAUUCAAACGCCCAAGACCGAAGCUGGCAAUCGUGACAGAAGUGCUGCAAGGCAUCCGGCAAAUCAAGUUCUCAGCCUUGGAGGAGCAAUGGGAGCAGCGUGUCCGGCAAACACGAGAGACAGAGCUUGGCGCGUUGUGGGCUUCUUUCAUUGCUGAUCUUGGCCUGCUUGCGAUUUGGAUUCUGGGCCCUGUCGGAUUGUCAGCUGUUUCCUUGACCACAUAUGCCAUUAUCCACGGGGGAUUAUCGCCUUCUGUGGCUUUCACGGCCAUGUCAGUGUUCUCUUCUCUCGAGAUGGCGCUCGCUGUUAUACCAGAACUCAUGUCAAUGGGUCUAGAAGCAAAAGUUAGCGCAGAGCGUAUCGAUAAAUUCCUUGCUACACCCGAAAAGAUCGUCAAUACCGUUCCCGCUGAUCAUAUCGCCUUUGAGGAAGUGUCUGUUGCAUGGCCCACAGAAGAAGGAGAGCCUCAAGAUUCCGAUGAGACUUUCGCCCUGCGCGAGCUGACCUUGAAGUUCCCUCCAAAGUGCUUGAGCGUAGUAUCGGGUCGAACUGGCUCUGGAAAGAGCCUGCUUUUGUCGGCUAUCUUGGGCGAAUGUGAUAUCCUCGCGGGUACACUCAAAGUACCCGUUCCACCUCCUAUUACAGACCGUUAUGACCACCUUGCAACGAAGGCAAAUUGGAUCAUUGACUCAGCCAUUGCCUAUGUUGCUCAGAUCCCAUGGAUAGAAAAUGCGACUAUCAAAGCGAACAUCCUAUUUGGACUCCCAGAUGAUCCAGAGCGCUAUAAAAAGGUCCUCUUUGCUUGUUCUUUGGAGAAAGACUUUGAGAUGAUGCCAGACGGCGACUUGACCGAUAUUGGUGCAAAUGGCGUCAACAUGAGCGGUGGUCAACGUUGGCGCGUCUCCUUUGCCCGAGCAUUGUACUCUAGGGCGGGUAUACUGAUCAUGGAUGACAUCUUCAGCGCUCUUGAUGCUCACACAGGUCGUCACGUCUUCGAGCACGCUCUUACCGGGGAACUUGGCCAGAACCGAACUCGUAUCUUGGUCACUCACCAUGUUGCCUUGUGUCUUCCUCGGACGGAUUACUCCGUGCUAUUAGAAAACGGUCGCAUCAAAUACGCCGGUACCAUUGAUGAACUGAAGGCAUCACGUCACUUGGAAGAUAUCCUUCGCGAGGAACAAGCCGCCGAAGAGGCGGAUCAUCUAGUUGAUGGAGAUGAUAAUGAAUUCCUCAAUGACGAAGAGACAACUCUUCAAAAGGUCAUCUCGAAUACCCCCCGCCGGAGAGCCAGCGCGGCUGCCAACGGGCACAAUCAUAACGGAAAUGGAACUACUCCUGCACAAUCGGGGACUGCGCAGCAGGGAUCUACGCCGAAGAAGUUCGUUGAAGACGAAAAGAGGGAAACUGGUUCGGUGCGGCUGUCAGUGUACCUUGCUUUCUUGAACAAAGGUGGUUCGGUAGCCUUCUGGCUACUGACGAUCUCUGUCUUCUUGCUAUUUUCAUGUCUCAUGAUCGGACGUGCAUGGUGGAUGAAUAUCUGGACAGGUUCAUCUUCCAAUACACGAGCGCACCCCGAGCAAUACGAUGUGUUGUUUCAGCAUACCAUGCAACCGACUGCACCAGUUCCACAAGAUGACGACCUCUUCAUGUAUCUUGGAGUCUAUAUUGCCAUCUCGGUCACAGCAUGCAUAAUCGGGACAGUUCGCUAUUACUUCACUCUUUUAGCAGCAGUUCGGGCGUCGAGGAACCUGUUCAAUGGCUUGAUUUAUAGUAUUCUUCGCGCACCACUCCGAUGGCUGGACACAGUUCCAUUGGGAAGAAUCCUCAACCGCUUCACAGCUGAUUUCCAUGCUAUUGAUUCACGAAUUGGAUACGAUAUCGGGUUCUUCGUGAACAAGAUGCUAGAGGUUUUCGCAGUCAUGAUUGCGGGAAUGCUUGUCGACUGGAUGGUCAUUAUGUUUGCCCUGAUCCUGCUGGCCAUAUGUUUGAAACUGGCCGUAGUCUAUCUAGCGGGUGCCCGUCAAAUCAAACGUCUUGAGAGCACCGCAAAAAGUCCCGUGUUUGAGCAGUUCGGUUCCAGCCUCGCUGGCCUGAUUACGAUUCGCGCUUUCAGCAAACCAGACACCUAUAUUGAGAUCAUAUACCACAAGGUCAAUCGCCAUGCACAGGCAUGGUGGAAUUUAUGGGUGUUCAAUCGCUGGCUCGCGUUCCGAAUGAAUGUCGUCGGCGCUAUCUUCUCAACUGUCACUGCCGCUCUUGUGAUCUAUCUCCCAGGCAUCAGCGCUUCCCUUGCCGGCUUUGCUCUGAGCUUUGCGUUGCAGUAUAAUUCAGCAAUCACGAUGGCACUGCGGCAAUAUGCUAACAUCGAAUUGAACAUGAACGCCACAGAGCGUGUUCUCGAGUAUUCCAAUAUUGAGAUCGAGAACCAAGGAGGGGCCGAUGCACCCGCGGCUUGGCCUACAGAAGGCAAUCUCGAGGUCCACGAUCUUGUAGUAGGCUACGCACCAGAUCUACCACCUGUCUUAAACGGACUCAGCUUCACGGUCGAGAAAAACCAGCGCGUGGGCGUCGUCGGACGCACCGGUGCAGGCAAGUCUUCGUUGACACUUGCACUUUUCCGAUUCCUGGAAGCACGCUCAGGCCAAAUCUUCAUCGACGGACUUGAUAUCUCCAAGAUCAAACUCCACGACCUCCGCAGCCGACUUGCUAUCAUCCCACAAGACCCGGUUCUAUUCUCUGGUACUGUGCGGUCAAAUCUAGACCCGUUCGAUGAAUACAGCGACAAGGAGCUUUACGAUGCGCUGGCACGCGUGCGACUCAUUUCUGAGGCCGAUGACGACCAGCUCACCCUGACGUCGCAGACUACCGCGCCUCAUCAGAUCAGCGAAACGGGAACCACGACACCAAAUACAGUCCAGAAAACCAACUCUAAUGUCUUCACCUCUCUUUCCGCGACAAUCUCCGAGGGCGGCCUCAACUUCUCUCAAGGACAGCGCCAGCUUCUUUGUCUCGCACGUGCUAUUGUUUCGCGGCCCAAAAUUAUGGUUCUGGAUGAGGCGACGUCCGCUGUUGAUAUGGAGACCGAUGCGUUGAUUCAGCAGUCUAUUCGCGCGGAAUUCGGUCGUAAUGCUACUACGCUACUAGUCAUUGCUCACCGGCUCAGUACAAUCGCGGACUUUGAUCGCAUUCUUGUUAUGGAUGCUGGAAAGGCAGCUGAGUUUGGAUCGCCGAGGGAUCUUAUGGGGAUUGAGGGCGGCGUGUUUAAGAAUCUUGUUGAGAACAGUGGGGAGAAGGAUGUGCUGGAAAAAAUGAUCUUUGAGUAG